UUGUCUCUCACUCUCUCAUUUUGUGGUUUCCUUUUAUUACUAUUGUACCCGCUCCCUCCUCUCUCCUCUCUCUCUCUCUCUCUCUCUCUCUCUCACCUUUCUCAUCAUCACUAUUAUCAUUAUCAUCCUCUGUUUUUAUCAAUUUUAUCACCUUUAACCACUGAUGAUAUUUUUUUAGCCAAUUGAUUAACCUUGUCCAUUGAUUGUUAUCAUUCACUUGAGGGACUGAUUAACCUUUGACCUGAUUGACAUUGAUAGUUUUAAAUCAACACGUGUAAUUAACAAUUGCAACAAGUUAUAACAACACUACAACAAUUAAUUGUAAUUAAUUAUAAACAAAAUUGUGUUAAUCAACUUUUACCAAUUACCUUUUAGUUUGGAUUAACUCAUUUAACUAUUUUAGUGUUUCUGAUCGUUGACAUUUUUUUUGAUUGACAUUUAAUUGUCAUUAUUAUUUUUUGAUGCAACGACUGUUAAUCCAUUUAUUUAAUUACAAUCAACUUUAAUCAAUAUUGUUUCUCGAUUCGCAAUUAAGUUGAGUUUUAAUUGUGAUCAUUUUGUGUAUCCCUCUCUCUCACUCUCUCUCUCUCUCUCUCCCAUCUUUCAAUUAUCAUCUUUGUGUAUGUGUGUUUAUGUUUCUUUGAUUAAUUAAUUAUUAUGAUUAUAAUUACCAAGGUAAUCAAUCAAUGAUUAAACCAUUAUAACAAAAUCAACAAUCAAUCAACUUUAAUUCAAAUUCACUUUAAUUUAAUCAAUUGUUUUAACAAGGAUUAAUAAUUUGUCUUAUUAACAAAAUUUAAAUUGUGAUACAAACUUUUUGGGACUUUAUCCAUUGGUGACAAUUAAACUGAGUGAUUAACUUUUUUGCCAGCCUGUUAAUUGUGACAAUCAACGGAUUUUCUAGUUAAUAAUCAACAAUUUACUCUAUUCUCAACAAUUUAAAUCAACUCAACUGACCUUGUGACAAUUAAAGUGAUAUCUAUCAACGAUCAACAAUUAAAAAUCAAUCAGUAAUCAUCAUCAACGGAUCCUAAUCAACAGACUCUUUUGAUUAACUAAUUAACCACAGCCCUCUUUGAUUGGAUAUUCGUUUAUUGGUUUAUCAUCAGAAGGAGGAGAAAAUCAAAGUAAAAGAGAUUCUGUAUUUUAAUCAUUCUAAUGUUUGAUUAUCAUGAGUUAUUUAAUUGAUUGAAAAUCAUUUCAGAUCAAAAUCAAUAAUAAUCAUCAUCAGUAAUCAAAAUCUUCCCUACGGAAGAUUAAAGAGGAAAACAAAAUCUUGGUGGAAAAGAUAAACCAGAAAAAAUAACAUCACAAUCGAUAUCGGAAUAAGAUUCUGUAUUAUAUAUUUGAUUUGGAUUCAGUGAUCGGUUCAAUGGUUUACCAAGGGACACAUUCAUAGGACACAAUUUAAUUCAGUUGAAUUGAUUCAAUUCAUGAUUUAGGAUCAACUUCUUGCAUUCAGAUUCAUCAUCAAUAAGAUUUAACCUCAUCAAUUGAUAAUUAACGUGAGCCCAUCUCAUCAUUAUCAUCAUCAUCCGACAUCCAAGGAUAUUUCAUCAUAUUUAAGGUUCGUUACAUGACAAAUGAGGAUUACAAGAUGAGUGAAAAGGUUGAUAAUGUUCAUAAUGGACACCACAAGGAACCGAUUAAUUAUUGUUCAGAUAAUUCUGAGAUGGAUGAUAUGGAACCCGAAGAUGACUGUGAUUCAAUGGAUUCGGAGAAAUCUCUCAAUCUGACGAUGGAAGAUAGUUCAAUGGAUACUCCACCAACUCCAACACCAACAACAACAUUGAUACCAACAAAUUACAGUGAUAAACAUUUUACUUCCUCCAAUGGAGCCGUCAAUCUGGUCAACAAUUUGUCAUUCGUUAAUCCUGCUCAUCGUGUUAUCCUUAAUCCGGUUUCUAGUGUAUUCAAUUCACCUUCAAUAUUAUCAUCAUUAUCAGUUUUACCACCAAAUUCAACUAAAACAGCAUCACCACCAUUAUCAUUAUCAUCAUCAGUAUCAUCAGCAUCAACAACAACAACAACAACCUCAUCUUCAGCAAUUACAAUAAACAAUCAGCAAACCUCAUUACUGCCUUCAUCAUCAUCCUUUUUAUACUCAUCUACAUCUUCCGGUGGGUCAAUGUCACCAACAACAGUAUCUCCACUUCCUGCCUCAUCACCUUUAUCAUCCUCAUCACCCAAUGCACAAGCAGCGACAACAUUGGCAUCAACGGUCAAUAAUUUACAUCAAUUGGAGCAAUUACAGGGUAUCCCUUUGAACCUUAAAGGUAAUGGUGGUGGUUCAAGUGGAGGAUCAAAUGGUAAUGGUGCUAAAGGUGAAUCAGCAGGUAAUACCGGUAAUCUUAAUUCCAAUGGAGCUGAUCUAUCAAUCAAUGGUUCCAAGAAUUUUUCCUCUAGUUCAAUCAAUGGAAACAAUUCUAAUUCUAAUUCUAAUAAUAAUAAUAAUAAUAAUAAUUCGAGUGCUAAUAAUAACAAUUUAGCAUCUAAUGCAAUGAUGAACGGAAAUAUCAAUGAUAAUAACGGAACAUCAUUAACUGGACCAAGUGACCUUUCAAUGGGAUCUUCAUCUCCAUCUUCAUCCUUAAAUCGGUCAACGGCAAAUUCAAUGGCAGCGCCAAAUUUAUUAGCAUCGACGGCAGCAGCUCUUGCGGCAGCGGCGACAACAGGAUCUAAUUUACCGAUUAAUCAACUGGCUCAGUUAAUGGCCGCUGCUGGAGCAGCUCAAGGACAAUUAUUAUUACAAGCAACUUUAGCUCAACAAUUACAACAGCAACAACAAGCAACAUCAAAGAUGCCAGUUAAUCCUAAUCUCGGUGGUUUCCCAUUGAAUGCAACUGAUUUACAGCAAAUUCAACAACAGCAGCAAAAUUUACAAAACCUUCAACAAUUAAUCCUCCUCCAAUCAACCGGACAAUUGACCCCUAAUUUACAGGCAAUGUUACUACAGAAUCAGGUUGAACAAGGUUACCUUCAGCAAACCCUACAAACUUUAGCUGGACAUGGAAUGUCUUUGCCUCAAGUUGCUGUUGCAGCUCAACAAUUACAACAACUACAAGAAUCACUUGGUAUUAAUGGAUCAUCAUUAUCAUCCUCAUCAUCUGCAUCCUCAUCUGCAUCUUCAUCUUCAUCACUUUCUUCAGGAGUUCUCAAUGGUCAUCACAACAACUCCAAUAGUAAUAAUAAUAACAACAACAACAACACCACCACCAACAACAAUAAUAACAAUAACAACACCACCAAUAAUAAUAAUAAUAAUUUAAGUAAAUAUCACCAAAGACAUGGUUCACCUUCAGAUAUAAUUAGUAAUCAGAAGAAAGUGAUCAACCUAAUUAAUCAACAUCAUCUUAAUCAUCAUGGUUUGAAUGGUUUAACUGAUCCACAUUCAUCUGCAUCUUCAGCAUCUUUUUCAUCUUCAGCCUCAUCAACCACAACACCGACAUCUAAUAAUAACAAUUCACCUUCAAACACCAAUAGUAAUAAUAAUAAUAACUCCAUGAAUAAUAAUAGUAACAAUUUAAUCAACAAUAAUACAGUUAAUUCUCAGCUUUCAAAUCACAAUCAACUUAAUAAUUAUCACCAUCAACUGUCAACUGUCCGUUCGCGGGCUGAGACAAGUCCUGAAGAGAUGAAUGAUCUUGAAGAGUUGGAACAAUUUGCUAAAAUGUUUAAACAACGAAGAAUCAAAUUAGGUUAUACCCAAGGAGAUGUUGGCCUGGCGAUGGGUAAAUUGUAUGGUAACGAUUUCAGUCAGACGACAAUUAGCCGAUUUGAAGCUCUUAACCUUAGCUUUAAGAAUAUGUGCAAAUUAAAGCCUCUUUUGGAGAGAUGGUUAAAGGAUGCGGAUGCUUCACUUACCAAUCCAGGAGUCAUGUCAUCAUCUCAGGCAUCAGCUGAUGCAAUUGGACGAAGGCGAAAGAAACGCACGAGCAUCGAGACAACAGUUCGUGUCGCCCUAGAAAAAGCAUUCAUCUCAAACCCAAAGCCAACCUCUGAGGAGAUUUCAAUGUUAGCCGAUUCUCUUUGCAUGGAAAAGGAGGUCGUUCGAGUUUGGUUUUGUAAUCGUCGGCAAAAAGAGAAACGAAUCAACCCUCCACUCAAUUCAUCCGAUGAUCCAGAUAAUGGAUGCUUAGGAUCACCUUCAUCAUAUCCACCUUCACCUGCCUAAGAAAAGACAACCACCACCGCCGUGAAUAACAAAAAGCACACCAUGGAAACCAUGAUGAGAGAAUGACAAAAUUUUCAUUUAUAUCAAAAUCCACUUUCCACCCUCCACAUAAAAAAAACCCACUCUCUCUAUCUCCCUCUCUCUCUUCAACACCAAGACAUUAUUAUUAUUAUUAUUAUUAAAAUCAACAAUUAAUCUAUGAUAAUGAUGUAAACUCAUUUCCAUUUUUAAUCAUCAAUGAAUACCCUCCCUUCAACAAAACACCCCGAUGGUUUAAUCAUGAUCAAUUGACUCUCUCGCCUUUCAAACUUAUAUUGUUACAAUUAAUACUAAAUACAAUAUGAUGAUUAAAAUUAAUUCUUGAUUAACCAUAAAUA